GGAGUAGCCAAGCCUGAAGCUCUUUUCAGGGCUGAAGGGACCUCAGAAUUGUCAACUGGGACGUUCAUCAGGGGCGAGUCAAGUGGUCGUGACCGAAAUCCAAGUCCUUGGCAUAUAAGUACGUGUGUGUGCAGAAGCCACCGCCACACUUGGUACAGCAAGAGGAACCACAGGCUCAGUGGACUCCUUAGGUUUUCCAGUUUAAUUUUAAACUCCAGGUAAACAUCACAGGUAACCCACCAUGAAGCUGGUCACUGUGUUCCUGCUGGUGACCAUCGGCAUUUGCAGUUACUCUGCUACCGCCUUCCUCAUCCACAGUUUGCCGCUUCCCGUGAACAAGGCCUUGCCUUUGCCUCUGGAUGCUCUCCCCUUCCUGGACCCACUUAAGCUUCUUCUGAAUACUUUGGGCAUUUCCGUUGAGCACCUCGUGGAAGGGCUGAGGAAGUGUGUCAAUGAGCUGACACCAGAGGCUUCCGACGCCGUGAAAAAACUACUGGAGGCGCUCUCAUAUUUGGUGUGAUGGCAGAAAAAGCAAGAGUCGGGGAGGGAGGGAGGGAGAUGAUGCUCCCCCUUCCUCCCCCACAGAAACUCUUUCCAUCCUAAAAUGUAGCAGCCCAAAAAAGAAUGAAUAAAGCAUUGAAAAG